AAUCAAAGAAAGGCUUGUGUUGGACAGCGGCCAAAGGAUCCACGCGAGCAACCUACAUCAAUUUAGCCGCCAAUAUGAUCAACCAAUAAACCAGAGAGGGAAAAGCGAAUCCUGGGAAACAUCUGAAGAUUUAGUUGGUAAAUGCCGAAAACUAAUCACAUAUUGUUAUAGACAUGAAAAAAUGAAUACGAAUACAACCAGAUACGAACCAACGAGUCGAGUGCGUUCGUCGACAGAUAGUUUGGUGUGUUUCCAAACAUUUUCGCUCAUCGUCUGUAUGCAUAUAAAGCGAGGUGCAAGGAAUGAACAUAUCCGGUCUGAAUAUACUUCUACCGGCGCGCUUUUGAAGCAUCUGAUGUGCGGAACUCUCGAUGCGUUUCCAUGCUCAGAGAUUCAAUGUACCUA